AUGAAUAUACCCCUUACAACAACAGCAACAGCAGCAACAAGAACAGCCACAACUACUGCUACUACUGCCAUAGCUCAACCCCCAUUGAAACUCCACCAAAGCAUCUCAACUAGCCUUUCAUCAAAACGGACGACCAGUCUGCCCAAGGCAGCAACGUGCGAGAGAAAGUCAUCACUUCCGAAAAAGCAAUCUACAAUUGAAAAUGGAGCACGAUACCCCAAAAGUGUGUAUACAGCGCUAAAGUAUUACGGAAAAUACCUGUCAAGAUACGAAAAAGAAGAGAUUCAAACAUAUACCUGUGUUUACUUUGUAGGAUCGCAUGCCAAGAGGAAAUAUGAGGAAAAUGAAUUCGACGAUGAAAAGGGCAAUUACAAGAUUAUCCUUCAGGAUCACCUUGCAUAUCAAUAUGAAAUCAUUGAUAUCCUUGGUAAAGGGUCAUUUGGUCAGGUCGUAAAGUGCCUUGAUCAUAAGACAGGACAAAUGGUGGCUAUAAAGCUGAUCAGAAACAAGAAGCGAUUUCAUGCUCAAGCGGUCACUGAGCUAAACAUCUUGAAGAAGCUGACUGAGUGGGACCCAAAUGAUGAAUGUUGUACUAUUCGAGUGGUUGAUCAUUUUUCGUUCAGAGGACAUUUGUGCAUCGCGUUCGAGUGUCUAAGUAUAAACUUGUAUGAGUUUAUCAAGAGUAAUCAUUUUCAAGGAUUUAGUUUAAGUUUAAUAAGAAAAAUGACUGCUCAGAUACUAAAGGCAUUAAAGUUGCUGUAUGAUCAUAAAGUCAUUCAUUGUGAUUUAAAACCUGAGAAUAUCUUGUUGAAACAUCCUGCAAAAGGUGUGAUCAAAGUGAUUGACUUUGGCAGUAGUUGCUUCGAAACAGAGAAGGUGUAUACCUACAUUCAGAGUCGAUUCUACAGAUCACCAGAGGUUAUACUAGGAUUGUCCUAUCAUAUGGCUAUCGACAUGUGGAGUCUGGGAUGUAUCAUUGCUGAACUGUAUACUGGUAUUCCUUUAUUCCCAGGAGAGAAUGAACAGGAACAGUUGUCGUGUAUCAUGGAGGUAUUAGGUGUGCCUGAUCGAUACUUGAUUGACGGAUGUUCAAGACGGAAUUUAUUUUUUGAUGCUGCUGGUCAUCCACGUAUUGCCCCUAAUUCUAAAGGCAAAAAAAGAUAUCCAAAUACGAAAUCACUCUUCCAAGCACUCAGGACGAGAGAUGUCGUCUUUGUUGACUUUGUUCAAAGGUGUCUCACUUGGGAUCCCAAUCAGCGUAUGACACCUCAUGAAGCACUUGAGCAUGAAUGGAUUUGUAAAUAAAUGCUGUAUAAUGUGUUACCUGUGUUACAAGUUCGGAAUAAUCGGGCAAGAAAUAAGGACAUUGUGAAUCUUGAUGUACGUGUGUGCGUAUAGACAAAUGUAAAGGAUCACUGAAAAGAAAAAGAGCACAGAUGACAGUGAUUAUCUUUACUUUU